GUGUGCGCUGUUGCUGCUGUUCGUUUUGCUGCUCAACGCGGGCUAUCGGGAGGCACGAGCGGCUCUGGCCUCAGCUCGGGGUUCGGCGGCGGGUUUUUCUUCAUCUACGGCUCUGCGCUCAGCUCGGAACGAAGCCUUCUCUCGUCCAUGGCGGCGGGUUUCUCUUCAUCUUCGUCUUUUUCGCGCCGUUUUUGUCUCCUGCUGUCCGCGGCUGUCGAGAGAAGCUGCCCUUCUGCUUGCCAUCGCAACGGCGCCGCAUCGGCGACCUCCUUUCUAGCGGUCUGUGACUGAAAAGCAGACAAGGAGGAGGGGGGGGGCGGGGCGGCAUUAUCUUGUAUCGCUGCACGCAGCGCCGAGCAGGAGAAGGAGGCAAGAUCGCUUGUCGUUGUGGCUAUUCUUUCGCGAUUCUAUCUGCUGACCGGGCGGCUGGCUGGAAUUGAGGUAAGCAGCAGAGUGUGGGCGAGCUGCCAGCCAUCGCUGUCCUUGUGAGUGGGUCCUUGAGACGGUAAACGAUGGGUGCACGGGACGAAGAAGAGUAUGACGAGGAAGAGGAGGCUGGGGGGGAGGGGGGCGAAGAUGAGGGCGCCGCAGCAGAGGAGGCGGAGGAGGAAGAGGAGGAAGAAGAGCAGGAAGAGUUAGAAGAGGAGGAAGAAGAAGAAGAGGAGGAAGAAGAGGAGGAAGAGGAGCGAAAAAGAGGCAGUCGUCGCAAGCGCCCAAGGAGGUCGAGCUUCAUUGAUGAGGCGGCUAUCGAAGAUUCAGAGGAAGAUGAGGAAGAGGCCCCAAGGAAGCGCCGGCAUGGGGUUUCCCGUCUGUUCGACGACGCUGCAGACGUUGCAGACGACGACGAAGAAGAGGAAAACGACGGCGACGAGGAAGAGCUGGAAGAUAUAGGUGCAGAGCUUGUCGAAGAGGAUGAGAGGCCCGUGCAGCACAGAACUCACUAUUUCCCGAAUGAUGAAGAGAUAAGGGAGGAAGACUGGUUAGAGUAUAUCAAUAACAAGUACGAGAGAAGACCUGAAGAUGAGAUUGAAGAUAACGAGGCGACGGAAGUCGAGCAACAAGGACUUCUCCCGUCCGUUAGGGAUCCGAAGCUAUGGAUGGUCCCCUGUAAGCAAAAUCACGAGCGCGAAGCGGUCAUAUGCUUGAUGCAGAAAUGGAUAGACAAGGAGGGGACUCCAGAUCCUUUGCUUAUCAAAUCUGCUAUAGCUUUAGAUCAUUUAAAGGGUUUUGUGUACGUCGAGGCGGAGAAGGAAGCACAUGUGAAAGCGGCAUGUAAAGGUUUGCGGUCGCUCUACUCCUGGAAAGUAACGCUUGUUCCGAUCAAGGAGAUGACUGAUGUUGUGAAGGUCGAGAAAAAGGUGGAAGAUAUUGGUAUUGGCACGUGGGUCCGAGUGAAGAACGGUAUAUACAAGGGAGAUCUCGGCCAGAUUGCCGAUAUCGAUACGGUAAAGCAGCAAGCGACUAUCAAGCUUAUUCCUCGGCUGGAUCUGCAGGCGUUAGCCUCUCGUCUUGGACCUGAUGAUCGGGAUGACACGAAAAAGAAGCGUGGCAGACCCCCUGCGCGGUUCUUCAGCAUAUACGAAGCCAAAGAGCUGAACAUUCCUGUUGACAAGGUCCCAGAUAGAAUCACGCGGGAGCUUUACGAUGUGAUCAAUGGAUGGCGAUUCAAGGAUGGGUAUCAUCACAAGACCGUGUCCUUGAAGACGAUUGACGCAAAAAUGAUCGAACCAACUCUAGACGAGUUGCAGAAAUUCAACAAACCGCGAGCAGAUGACGAUGGAGACGAUGAACUGGCCAGGAUGAUUCCAAUGACGUCGUCAAAAAAGAAGGCCGCGUUUGCGAAGGGCGACAAGGUGGUGGUUUUGUCCGGAGAUCUGAAAAAUUUGAAGGGAGUGGUGGAGAGGGUGGAUGAAGAAAUGGUCACGGUCCUCCCGGUUCAUAAAGACUUGAAGGACAGUCUCACAUUCCGAGAUGCAGAGUUGCGCAAGUAUUUUAAGACUGGAGACCAUGUGAAAGUGACGGCUGGAGAGAACGAGGGUGCAACUGGCAUGAUCGUGCGGGUUGCUGAUCCAGUUAUCUACUUGAUAAGAGACAUAACUCAGGAAGAGGUCAAGGUCUUUGCGAGGGACAUUGUUGCAACAGCGGAGGUGACCUCAGGCAUAACAACAUUUGGGGAGUACGAGCUGCACGACCUGGUUAUGCUAGACCAGCUGAAUUUUGGAGUGAUUGUCAAAGUCGAGAAAGAUGUGUGUCAGGUCCUUAUAGGCAUUCCGGAAAGGCAGCAGGUGCGGACAGUCAGGAUCCAACAGAUCAAGAGGAAAAUCAUGGAUAGGAAUAGCACUGCCCAGGAUACAGAGAUGAACAGCGUGCACCUGAAAGACAUUGUUAGAGUUUUGGAGGGGCCCUUCAAGGGACGGACUGGACCAGUGCAUCACAUCAACAAGGGCCUGCUCUUUAUUCUGAGUAGGGACACUCUCGAAUGCGGAGGAUUCAUAUGUGCAAGGUCUCGAAAUUGCAGAGCUCUUGGUGGAACACGGAUGAACGAAUUUAAGAGGACGGGACCACCGUCUGCUUUCAACCGAGAUUUUGGCAGAGAUUAUCUCCGGUCCCCUGCCCACUAUUUGCAAUCACCAAGACGGUCGUCGUCGCCUGGCGGCCGUGGAAUGGGUAUGAAUGGUUUCCAGGGGUUACCGCCUGGCCCCCGAGGCGGUGGUAGAAACGAGUCGUUGGUGGGACGUUCAGUCAAAAUUCGGGCAGGACCAUUCAAGGGCUACAGAGGCCGGGUUUUGACGGUGUCUGACACGGAUGUCCGCAUGGAGUUGGAGUCUCAAAUGAAAGUUAUCUCUGUUCGUCGUGAUCAGCUGGCACCUGUGGAGACGCCAGCCAUGCCAAUAAGAGAUGUGCGGUAUGGAGUUGGAAGUGAGACACCAAUUCAUCCGUCAAGAACGCCAUUGCAUCCAAGCUAUUCAACUCCUUCCCGUGACCCGACAGCUACACCAAUCCAUGAAGGUAUGAGGACUCCAAUGCGGGAGAAAGCAUGGAACCCGCACCAAGUCAUGACUCCAUUGAGGGACAACGGAUGGGGUGAUGACUCAAGCGAUCGUGAUUGGGACCGACACAGCUCAGGUUAUGGAGGUGGAUUCCGGUCGUUUGCAGAUGGCAGCAGCACUCCUCAAAGGGAAACAAAUCCCGGGACUCCAGCUGGAAGGGCCUAUGAUGCCCCCACUCCUGGCAGUGGUUGGGGAUCUGCUGGCAGCUAUAAUGACCGCAGUGAUGGUUAUGGCAGUGCGUCAUAUGGAGCAGCUCCAAGUCCUUAUCGGACACCCGGUACACCUAGUCAGCCGGUCACUCCUGGUGGAUCGUCACCGUAUAUCCCGGGCACACCAAGUGGCAACCCGAUGACGCCUGGAACAAGCCUAGAAGCACCUUCCCCUGCUCCAGGUGGUUCUAGCCAAGACGGUGAGAGCUCCUGGGUGCUUCCAGAUGUUGCGGUCACUGUCCAGAGAGGAGGCUCUUUGUUCACAGGCGUUGUCCAUGAAAUCUUAUCUGAUGGUAAGUUCCGGGUUGCCGUGGGCAGUGCAGCGGACGGAGAGACAAUAGUGGCGAACCGGUCUGAGGUAGAGCUGGUUGUUCCAAGGCGAAAUGAGAAGAUCAAGAUCCUGCAGGGAGAGUUCCGGAACACAACAGGCAAACUGAUAGGAAUCGAUGGACCGGAAGGAAUUGUGAAAAUGGAUGAUAACUUGGAUAUACGGAUUCUUCCGAUGAACUUCAUUGGCCGUAUUGCGUAAUUGUACUAACUAAACACUGAUUCUUGUACACACCCACCACUGACUAACCAACCUUAUGAUAGGGGUUAAUUUUCUUUAUUCUUGAGGUAGGUAGAUGGAUGACCUGUUCUGAAUUAAGAUUGCAGGUGCUUUGCGAGGAGGAUGUUGCCCUUCUUGUCAGCUGGCGUUCGGGAAGUUGGAUUGUGCUAGCAAACACUCGAGAGAGAGAGAGAGAGAGAGAGAGAGAGAGAGAGAGAGAGAGAAUUGUGCUUGGAAAACGGAGCCUUGUAGCGAGCCUGAAGGACAAGGCGUGGAAGUGCAUUUCUGGCUGUGGAAGCCCUUUGUGAGGACUUUGCGAUCUUUCCUCCCCUGGGAACAAAGGGAUUUAAUGAUGAUAGCCAAGAUGCACUUGGCAUUGGCAAGCGGUGGGGCUGUCGUAGUUUCGUGGAAUCGGGGUCGGAGGGCUGGGAUGCAUUUGAGAGUCGUUGAGCUGCCAUGGUCUCCAGAUGGUGUGGGACUGUGUCAUUGGGCGGUGGGCGCCGUGUGGGAGGUGGGAGGGACUGUGUCAUUGGGGAUUGUGUGGGAGGUGGGAGGAGGAGAUGAAGGCGAAAUCGUUAGAGGUGGCGCCACGAUGUGGGGAUUAGGCAGAGGGGUGCAGCCAGGUAUUUACUAUGGAGGCACUAUCGAGGUACUAUCGAUGGAGUGUCAUUGGGCGUUGCUGGGUGGUUUCGGCCCUGCGUGGACCUGUGAGAGUGGGUCAUAUAGCGGUCAUGGCUCUUGCUAUUCGCUGCUGCGACUGACCAGCAGUUUGGCUUUGCUGGGCACAACUGGGCACAAUUUUGCAUUUAGGAUCAACGAUGGCCCUUCCCCUUGUGAAAAGAAAUAUGGGUCUUGUACAGUUUCUCCAGAAACAUUUAUUUGGAGAGAAAUGUGUUCCUGGAGUUUUUCCAGUUUCUGAAGAUUUGGAGUUCGAAGAUUCUGAAGUCGUCUCUGGCGGUUCUCUUGUGAACAAGGAUAGGUUCAUGCUCUGUUUUAUCGACCGCUGUGUAAACCGUGCUCGUAUCGACUUGAAAGCCACAACAGUGAGUACCUUAUGUGUUCACGUUUGGGUGUGUCUUAUCUGUUCACGACAGGGAGUGUCCUAUCAUCUGCAAUGUGUGUUUAUUUGUUUAUUUCUUGAUCGCAAGAGCGGUUCAUUUAAACGUCUGAAGAGUUUGGAGGGGACUACAAUGGCUGGUGAAGAUGCAGUUUCCAUUUGUUGCUUUCGUUUUCUCCCGUUUCUGCUACAGACGCUCUGUUGUGCCUUUGUGCCUUUAGCUGACGUACUGUUUUUCUAGUUCGUGCAGGUGCAGUGCAGUCUUUGUAUUCAUGGUUUUGAGGUGAUUGUAAAUUGUCUGGCUGCAUUGGGCAGCUGGUUCGUUGAUUAGUGGAUUGCAGGACCAGUGCGGCGGUUAUUUUUUUAAUCAUUUUUGGCACUUGUCGCGGAAGGUGGACAUGUGUUCUCUGGUGAUGUCAACACAAGGUCGUCAAAAACAAAUCCCCCAUUGGCCU